AUGCCUGAUAGAUGUUGUGUUACUGCGUGCAAAUCAAAUUAUGAUAAAACUGGAGAAUAUGUUUCAGUUUUUCAAUUCCCUAAAGACGAAACAGUGAAACAUUUAUGGAUUAAGAAGAUACCCAGGGAAAAUUUUGUACCUUCAGAUCGAAGUGUUGUGUGUGAAAAACAUUUCACUGAUGAGUGCAUUAUAAGAUAUGAUGAGUAUUGGAAAAAUAAUGAAUUGGUUAAAGUUCAAAGAAGUCGGCCGAAAUUGAAGGCUGGUUCGAUACCAACAUUAUUUCCUGGUUGCCCAAAAUAUUUGUCCGAAGCUUCUUCAUCUAAAAGAAUGAGCAGAGAUGAAAAGAUAGCAAAAACUGAUGAAAGGAAUUUUAAUGAGUUUUUGGCUAAUGACAGAAUUAAGUCAUUUGAUGAUUUUAAUUCAUUGUUUAAAUCUAAAAUCGAACUACCAGACAAUGUCCUUGCCUUAAAAACAAAUAAAAACAUUACACUUAUUCUUUUCAUGGAUUUUGAUAACUGCCCAGAAGUUGUUAAGAAUUCACCUAUUGACUAA